AUACCACGACCAUAAUCUGGCCAUUAUAAAAGGCUGUAACCAUGACCAUUUAUUGGUCCUGACCACGAUUUAAGAUAUCUUAGUCCGUGAUUAUAAGUGAUAAACUGAUAACGAGUAACGACAGUCAAUUUGAUUGAAUAUUUGAAUCAGUUUACAAAUUGCGAAUUUCGGUUCCGAGGACCUAACAGCGGCACUGGUUUAAUCCUGAUAGGUAUAAUGAAUUAUUAUUGUAUGUUAUCCAUAUCAUAGUUUAAUACACUGAAUACAACAUGUCAAAUCGCAAAUAAUAGUACAAUUUGUUAAAGUUUGAAGUGCGUUUUUGUUUCGUUAAUAUGACUACCAUGUACGGAAAUGGUAUGAAACAAUUGGAAGAGCGGCAUGUUCCCACUAAAGUCUUGAAAAUGGAAUGGUCUAACAAAAUGGAUCUGUUAGCCAUAGCCAAGGAACAUGGUGAGGUUUCUUUACAUCGUCUAACAUGGCAACGAGUUUGGUCCUUAGCUGCCCCAAAAGAUAAGACAUUGGUGACUGCAAUGGCUUGGAGACCUGAUGGAAAACAGCUUGCUGUAGCGUAUGAUUCAGGUGAUUUAUUGUUAGUGGACGUGGAAAAUAAAGACAUCGCUUUCAGCAAAACUACUGAGAAAAAAGUUACUUGUUUAAUGUGGGUACAGCAAGAAAAACCUCAGAAAAAAGACACUAUAGAUUCUGUAUUGAUUAAGAUGAAUGGUCUUGAUUAUCUCCCACAACUUCAAAGCUUGGUCCUUCGCGAUACACCCGAAGAGGAGAACAAGAUACCAAAAGUCCAAGACACGUUGAAUUUAUUGUUAGUUGGCAUGGUCAAUUGUGAAGUGCAAAUAUUAGCAUUGGGGAUAUUUUUGUGCGGAUCCAUACAAUUAUCCAGUCAAGAAAACACCGUGUUAAACAUACACAUGCCAGUAGAUUUUAGUUAUUUAUAUGUGGCUAUUCAAUAUUAUUAUGGUACUAUAGAAAUAGUGACAAUUAAACUACAAGAGUGCGAUACAUGUUGGGAUGACGUUUAUGAUUUGGCAUCCAAACACGAUCAGUUGUUGUCGUCGUUAGAUUAUUUAGAUCAAACAAUGAAAAACAUAUUGGAAACGUGGGAGCAUGUAUCGUUAAUGGAAAUGGAACUGAAACUGAGCUCUUACUGUCCAGAAGACCCGGAAAUGGUGUCUACUGAUUUAUUGGAACUGCUAAUCUACGGUAUAUUAACGGAACGCAUGGACCAGUUCCUAAAAAGAGAUUUGACCGACAAGGGCAUCAAGAAAAUUGGCCUGUCAAUCGAGUCGAGUCACACCAAUGUUCAGAAACUAGUAGUGAAACAACUGUCGGAGGUGACCAACCAGAUUCUGUUCCAGCUGGUAGAGAUAUCCGGAAUGUCGCUGAAAAAGUAUGAAUGUUUGGGACUGACUGAGCACAGCGUAAAGAAAGCUCUACGGUCGGUCAAUGGGUUCCUGAUGAAGUGCAACGAGGUGCAAAUCGUCAUCGAAGAGUCGCUGACCCGGUAUAAACUAUUCUUCAAAUGGCUGUACGGCAUGAUGAUCAAACUGAACGACGAGAACUCGGCCAACGACCCGUCUCUGUCUGACACGUCGCAACAGGAACUCAACAUGCUGGCCGAGUACAUCAACGGGCUGGGAGAGACCGGGGCCAAGGCCAAAGACUACAAACUGGACCGGGUGGGCCAGUAUUUUCUGGACGGUGACCUGGAAUGCCCGUACGACACACGCAGCCAGUGGUGGUCACUGCUCCAGGACAACCCGUGCCUGGAAGAGAACGAACUGAUCGUGGCUGCGUCCCGGAACCAUUCGCUGACCCAACAGUUCGCCGUGCUCAAGGCCGACCUGAUGGACAUUUUCGCUCAGCGCAAAACGUUCUUCGACAAAACGUUCGUGCAGUACGACAACGUGGCUCUGGGGGAGACUUCGGGGCUGUCGUACGGCCUCACUCGGGUGAACAUGGUGGACCUGCCCAAUCACAAGCUGCUGGUGUGCUGUGCUCGGGAACUCAACGCCCACGACUUUGGGUUCUACGAGCUGAUGGCGUACAGCGACACGAAAGAGGUGACGCUCCGCAGUACUACCGUGUUCUACUCGUGCGACGGCAUCAAGCAGAACUUGCACGACGUGCAGUUUUAUUCACCCGACUACUUGUCUGUGCUAACGGAGACAGUCGACCGGACUUCCAACCGGUUCUCGCUGUUCGUGCAGCUGCCCACCAGCAGCGUGCGCAGCCACUGUUCGACGGACGGACUGAGCAUGUGUCGUAUUGGCCAGCCGAGUGCCGACAGCAGCAGUAGCGAAAGCUGUCACACGCUGAGCGAUUACACGUGCCGAGUGAUGGAAAACAUGGCUUCCACAAGUUUCGCGGUCAGCGGCACCCGGAAAGUGGCCGUGCUGUUGUCACACAGCCGGCACAAGGUUCGGCUGUUCGAAAUGGAAGUGGACGACGAAGAGGACGAGGAUGACGACAGUGCGAUGGACAUCACACGGGACUCCAACUUGGCAGACGAGACCGCAUGAGGUUUCCCCCAACCCUUUACUAUCCAAUACAACGUGCACCCGCCCACGCGCGCAUUACCUAUGCUCAAGUAUCGUGUCGUGGUCGUUACUCGUUGUCAUGAUUUGAACUCGUAUAAUAGUAAUAAUUAUUAUUUUAUUUUCUAUCGUUAAUGAUGAUGAUGAUGAUGAUGUGUAUACCGCUACCAGAUUUUGACGUACUCGUAUAAUAUGUUUAAUGUACUCAUAUUAUUAUUUGGCGAGAUAUGCACGUCGAAAUUUUGCGUAUAAUGUUAGGUAUAUGAUAUUUUGUAUAUUUUUAUCACACAAUUGUAUUAAAUUGUAAUUGAUUCGAAUUUCGUUCUAUAAAAUAGGACAUUAUAUUAAAUCGUCCUUAUCAGGUUGUGAUACACUUCAGUCUUAAAAAUACAAUAUUUUUAAUAUUUUUGUUUUAUUUUUUGUCCAUAUAUUUUUUUUAUACAGUUACAUUAUUCGUAUUUUUGUUUUUUUUUUUAUAUAAUAUAUACAUUCACUAGGUAUAUAAAGACGGAGAAAAAAGAAGAAAAACAAUCGGAACAGUCAUUUUCCGAGAAGGAACUGC